AUGCCGCCCCGUAACAAUCCCGUCCCCAACGCCAUGCGCCUCUUCAACUGCACCAUCUGCGACAAAGGCUACCCGCGCCAACUCGACUACGAAAACCACCUGCGGUCGUACGACCACAACCACCGCCAGCGCCUGGCCGACAUGAAGAAGCUGACCGCAAGUAACGACGCCGAAGGCCAGAAGCCGAAGCAGGGCGUCGAGCUGCGCGCGCUGGAGGGUAAGGGCGCGUUGGCCGGCAAGGGAUUUACGAAGAUCGGUGCUGCGGGCGGGCUGGGCAAGGGGUUCACGAAGAUUGGCGGCGGAUUUAAGAAGGUUGGAAACGUAGUGGGGAAAGAAGGGGAGAAGAAGGAGGUCAUGGUAGAAAAGGCCGUUGUGCCUGAGGCAGUGGUUGAGGUGGCUGCGGUGAAGCAGGAUACGGAUAAGAUGGAUGAGGAUGUGGUUAUGGGUGAGGAUGACGAAGAGGAGGUAAUUACAUGGGAGGAGUACGACUUUACCAAGCCCACUGGGUGCGACCAUGCGACUUGCGAGGGUUGCAAGACUGAGGGAAUCUGGAGCGGGAGCUGGGUCGCUGUUUGA